GAUUGCGAAAGUUGGGAAUUAUUGGGCAAGAUCAUUGAACGAAACAGGGAAGGAUUAUGGCUCUAAUAGAAAAACUCCUCGAACUUCUCCUUCAUUUUAGAAGGACCUAUCCCAAAGCUUUCUUCCUGUCAGGUUUCCUUUUCUUUACCAUGUUUUUUAUAGUCCCAAGAAUUCGCCGAAAGCUAAAGAAGCGUGGUUCGAACCCUUUGGCGUUCGACUGCCGCCGAUCUGUGCAACCUCUGGUUCUCGAUCAAGGAGAGCGAGAUAAAGUUAUCAAGCAAGGAUUUGUUGCUCGUAAAGUUCCUGAGAACCUUGAUGCCAUCGUAAUCGGUAGCGGGAUUGGAGGUCUAUCUGCUGCAGCGCUUUUGGCUAAAUCGGGGAAGAAAGUUUUAGUUUUGGAACAACACGAUCAAGCUGGAGGCUGUUGCCAUUCCUUUGUUGACAAAGGUAAAAAAGGACAAUCAAGGGAUUCAAUUUAGAGAUUUUUAAUCAGGCAUUUUUAUUAAAGAGUAAGAUCAUACACUGCACAUUUAUCGAGCAUAGAAGCACAGGUAGCCCAAGCUUGGGGACACCCAGCGACUGUUUUCUGUAAAAUAUCUGUUCGGAGAAGCAAAGAUUGCCUAGAAUUUUCUUUUACUUGAGGACGGCUAAAAAUUUCUAGAUGACCAUUCCAUUCACGUACAGAUUUCUAGGCUUAUCUUAUCCCUACGAUUUUCUGAAGUUUAAUUUUUCACAUUUCACACCUCAGGUUGGGCUUUUUUUUGUAGAAAAAGGCAAACCUAAACUUUUCGGAUUCAAAAAUGUGAUGGAAAGAGGAAUCAGAAAAAUUCUCACGUUCGUUAUACGUUAAGUUACAUCUAAAAUGUUCGGGAAAAUAAUACUGAAGCCCUUAUAAUUUCGAAAAGAUCCAAGUUGCCCUUGAUUGACCGAACAGAUACAAAUUUUGUAGCGCUGCUUAGAAUGCAUUUCUAGAGGUCUAAAUGUACUCUGGAUAGCCUAAAAAGACUUUUCAGUGAAUUUUGGAGGAAAUCGUCGUUGGGUAUCCCUGCAAGCUCACUAUGAGCACAGGCAGCCCAAGUGCACUAUGUGUGGGUUCGGGCUUCAGAGGUCAUUUGGUCUGAAUAUACUAGAAUUAUUAGUGUAUUAUCUGAUGCUAAAUAAACACAAAAAUCUUAAAGAUAUGAAGUCUUCUUGUUUGUCUAUCUGUACUAGUAACCUUUAAGAUAAUGAAGGUCGAUAUUUCUUGCAUUAUUACAUGUGAUUCGGGCCCUUAAUGUUCGAAUUUUAUCACAUGUAUUCAAAUCUACAACGCUACGCAAAAAAAAUCAUGAUCACGCGAAAUAUUGAUUCAAAAAGCUCCCUUACCUUUAGUUCAUAGCCACUCUGUGUCCUACGGCCGGUUUAAACGCCCUUUAGUCGACUUUCUUUCCAUCGAGUACUGAACACUAUACUUGAUGGAAAAAAAGUCGACUAAACUGCGUUUAAACCAGCCGUAGGACACAGAGUGGCUAUGAACUAAAGGUAAGGGAGCUUUUUGAAUCAAUAUUUCGCGUGAUCAUGAUCACGUUUUCGAGACCAGGUUUUCGACCAGGUUUUCUACGUUUGGUUUCGGUCUACGAAGAAGUUAUGGCAAAAAACAAAGACACAAAUCAUUACGAAUGCGACCAACCAGUUUCUGGAAAUUUUAUAAAUUGCGGGGCUCUUUUGGCAAUAUCCUUACAAAAAUCUGCUUUUAAAAGCAUUGCCGUGCAUCUUCCAAUACCAAAUUGCAGGCCCGUUGAUCUGUAUGUGUGUCCAGUCACCAAUCGCCACAACGCCACAGCCACUCGCUUUUUUACCGGUAUACAUUCGCGUGAUCUAGUGUCCUCCUUUGCCAAAUCCGGACCAACCAAUCGGACAAUGUACUCGAACGUACGUCUUGAUAUUCUAAAGUUCUCCUUCCACCAUUCUUCGACAAAAUUUCCGUUAAAUAGAGUUUCGAACCAGAAUUGGUUUCUCGGCCACGACCACGCACGUCUAACGCGCCUUGUCUUGCGAAGGGCAAUUUGUAGCAGAAUUAAUCGCUUUCGCCUCGACCUUUUUAGGUGCUGCAAAAGUAAGAGCUGCCAAUUCGAUUAGAUUGUGAUUGAUGACAGAUUUACCUUAGUUAUUUGAGCCCGUGUAAACACCGUACAAAUGUACAAGGGUUUAGUCAGUUAAUGUUUACCUUGGUAAACGCUUGAGUGUAAACACAGCGUAACAGUAUUUAUCUUUCUUGGUGUGGCAGGCUAUGAAUAUGACCCAGGAAUUCACUACAUCGGGGAGAUGGAAUGCAAUGGUAUGUUACGACUUCUCUCUGAUCAGCUUACUGAAGGUCAGCUGGUGUGGGCUCCUCUAGAAACACAGUUUGAUACGGUAAUUAUUGGAGAUGGAGAAAACCAGAGAAAAUAUCCGGUCUGUGGUGGAAGAAAUGGUGAAUACAGGAAAGCCUUGUGUGACAGUUUUCCAGCAGAGAAGGGAG